AUCUUGUGUUGUAGAAAUCAGUGUAAAUUCAUAACUACGACACUGAAUAAAAAAAGUAUUGAUCAUGUGACUACCGCUUUCCCUGAAUCGCAAACAUUGUACACAACAUUUUUACUGUUUUUACUUUGUCUGUGCCAAGUGGAAAGGCUACAAGCAGUAAGGACGCUACAGGCGUUAUAAGGCAAAACGGGGAGCUCUUUACACAUUUAUUAAAUACGACAGGUGCAACGUAAACCAGAGGGCUUGGGUUGAAGAGUCCAUUCGUUCUAGGAUCAAUAUGGAUAAGCCACACCACCAGGCAGCCUAAAACUAUUUGGAGCAUCAUCUGAAGAAGAAGAAGAAUGUAUGAUGCUCUCCAGUCCUAUGAUCUAGGUCUAGAAACUCAAUAACGGCAAGACACUAUGGUUAGGUGACCUCAGAUCACACUCACUUCAUUCCAUCUCUGGCUGUCACCUGACUGGUGGUUGUCAUGGCUUUACAAAAUGGAUACUCCAUCAACUCCACCCCACUGGAUGAGAGUGGAGAUACAACACCCCUACUUAAAAAAGAAGUGGUGGAUGUUGAUGAUUCAGUACCUCCACAAUGUUGCUCUGCACGCUGCAAUCUGGCCAUCAUGAUGUUCUUCGGAUUCUCCGUUGUCUACGGUCUCCGUGUCAAUCUAAGUGUUGCCAUGGUCGCCAUGGUCAAUGGGACCAAUAGCCAACCAUCUCUCAACAGCUCAGUUGGCCAUGAGUGCCCAGUGUCCUCCCACGGGAACAACAACAGCAGCCAAACCCCAGACCAACCAGACGGGAUACCUCAGUACUCGUGGGAUUCUCCAACUCAGGGCCUGCUGCUGGGAGCGUUCUUCUUUGGCUAUCUGGUGACUCAGAUCCCCGGGGGUUACCUGGCCGGGCACUUUGGGGGGAGUAUCUUCUUGGGGGGAGGGGUGCUUGGCACCGCAGCCCUCACCCUCCUCACCCCCCUGGCAGCCCAGCUAGGACCCUACUGGCUGUUUGGCUUACGGGCACUGGAGGGAUUUGGGGAGGGGGUGACAUUUCCGGCCAUGAUGGCCAUGUGGGCUCGCUGGGCUCCCCCUCUAGAGAGGUCUCGUCUUAUGACCCUGUCGGGGUCAGGAGCAAACUUUGGGGCUUUUGUAGCCCUGCCUCUCACCGGCUUCAUCUGUCACAGUCUGGGCUGGCCCACUGUCUUCUACAUGUGUGGGGGUGCUGGUUGCAUUUGGGCAGUGUUCUGGUUCAUUCUGGUGUCUGACCAGCCUGGCACUCAUCCACGAAUCAGCACAAGAGAAAAACAUUACAUCAUCAACUCCAUAGGAAAAGAUGGUGGUGCCCAUGGCUGGUCAGUGCCUUUGUUACCCAUGGUGCUCUCUGUUCCCCUGUGGGCCAUCAUAGUGUCUCAGAUGUGUGCCAACUGGGGUUACUACACUCUGCUCACCUCGCUUCCCACCUACAUGGACACGGUGCUUCACUUUGACCUCCGACAGAAUUCCUUUCUCUCAGCUCUGCCCUAUCUGGGUGGCUGGGCCUUCGCAGUGAUAUCAGGUGUAGUAGCAGACAGCCUCCUGGAGAAGGAGCUGUUGAGUGUAACAGCGGUCCGCAAGAUCUUCACUAUCACAGGUCUGCUGCUGCCUGCAGCGUUCCUGGUUGCUGUGGGCUACUCCGGCUGCAGUGGGGUGUUGGCUGUGACCUUCCUCACCCUCUCUACAACUGUAGGAGGCACCAGUGCAGCCGGGGUCUUCAUCAACCAGAUAGACAUUGCUCCAAGGUAUGCGGGGGUGCUUUUAGGAAUCACCAACACUUUCGCGACUAUCCCAGGUGUUGUCGCGCCCAUCGUCACAGGUUACCUCACCAAAGAUCACUCCUUGGCGGGAUGGAGGAAUGUGUUCUGUCUAUCGGCCGGGAUCAGCGUCGGAGGAGCGCUUGUCUUCACCUUGUUUGGCAGCGGGAAGGUCCAGAAAUGGGCCCUGGCAGAGGAGGAUCAGGAGCAGGCAGAAACAGAGAGAGACGGGUUAAUCCCUGCAUGACAGACAGACAGACAGACAGACAGACAGACAGACAGACAGACAGACAGACAGACAGACAGACAGACAGACAGACAUGACAUGACAUGACAUGACAUGACAUGACAUGACCUAAAGGGAAUAGGACCUGUAAGAAAUAAGAUGACCUCAGGUUAACUUAACUCCCCAUCAGGUGGUUUUAAAAAGGCUGGACCAGUGCAUUCUAAUAGUCUCUUAGUACACUGUGUUGGGAAUGGAACCCUAUAUAUAAUACAAUAUUCAUGAUAGAAUUAGGGACUUUUUAAAAUGGCCUCUUUAUAUUCCAAAUGCCUUUCUUUAGUAUUGUUUACAACAAUCUGUUUCUGACCACGUUUGAUAUUUAUACUGAACAAAAAAAAUAUAAAUGCAACAAGUAAAGUGUUGCUCCCAUGUUUCAUGAGCUGAAAUAUUUCUCAGAUUUUCUGCACAAGAUUUGCCAAAAUAAUCUAUCCACCUGACAGGUGUGGCAUAUCAUGAAGCUGAUUAAACGGCAUGAUCAUUACACAGGUGCACCUUGUGGUGCACCAAAAUGUGAAGUUUGUCACACAACACAAUGCCACAGAUGUCUCAAGUUUUGAGGCAGUGUGCAAUUGGCAUGCUAACUACAGGAAUGUCCACCAGAGCUGUUGCCAGAGAAUUGAAUGUUCAUUUCUCUACCAUAAGCCGUCUCCAACGUCGUUUUAGAGAACAGCCUCACAACCGCAGACCACGUGUAACCAUGCCAGCCCAGGACCUCGACAUCUGGCUUCUUCCCCUGCUGGAUCGUCUGAGACCAGCCACCCGGACAGCUGAUGAAACUGAGGAGUAUUUCUGACAGUAAUACAAUUAUUUUGUGUGGAAAAAAUAAUUAUGAUUGGCUGGCUCCCAAGUUUGUGGGCCUAUGCUCUUCCAGGCCCACCGAUGGCUGUGCCCCUGCCCAGUCAUGUGAAAUCCAUAGAUUAUGGCCUAAUGAAUUUAUUUCAAUUGACUGAUUUCCAUAUAUGAACUGUAAUGUUUUUUUCUUCAGUGUGUAUAUAUAUAUAUACAGGAUGAGUCAUUAUGCCUUUUAUACUUAAAUCAAAGAGCUUUACAUUUAAUAAUGGGCUAUCCCUAGUGGUAUAAGGAAAUACACAGGCAACUUCUAAUAAACUAGAUUAUUCUUUAAUUGAUCACUUUAAGUGCUCUUAUACUUUUAUCUGACACAUUUUAUAAAAAAUACCUGUGCUCUUCCCAGGAUUCAUUGCCUAUGAUUAGCCAUUGUCUAGUCUGUUGGCUAUAUAACAAUUACUGCCCCAAACCAUUUGUUCUUUGAAUAUUUUUAAUUGAUUGACAGACAGACGUACUUACAGAACUUGAACAAUUGAAAUGAACAAAACCAUCAAACCUAACUUUUUUUUAGCACCACUUAUUUUACCGACACUUAUUUGACCUCCAAUGUGCCCUUAAGGACAUUGCUGCACAAAAACAUGUGGUUACCAAAAAUGUUUCAUUUGAAGAAAUGUACAUUCAUGUAAGAAUGUUUUGUUGGUCAAUGUAAAUUCAUGCAAGAACAUUUUGUAAGUGUUGUGUUAAAAACAAAUCAAUGUGAAUGUUCACAACAGAAAAAAAUCUGUGAAAUCAAAAUGUCAUGCUAUUUACUUUCCAUUAAAUAAUAUACCAAAUGUUCACAAACUGCA